AUGGAACCAGAGCUGUCCCUUGGCGCUCUCCUUGAGGCUAUCCAGACCCUCAAUGCCACCAUUGGGUCCUUGCAGGCCCAAAUACAAACCCAAGGCCAACAACUCUCUGAGCUCAAAGCCAUAUGUAAGGAAACCGCUGACCUCAUUGGCAACAAGGACCAAGGGGGAGGGGAAACCCACACUCCAGGCACAAUUAGGCCUGGACUCAAGGCCCUGUUCUGCCCAUCCAGAGGAACAGGAUUUGACUUGGAAGAAGAAGAGCCAAGGAGGGAACCAAAAAAGGAGCCUUGCGGAACCCCUUGGAGCUUAAGCUCCCUCACACCUUUUGACUCAGGGUCCAGUGUAAAGCAACCCAAGAUGGAGUUACCAGACCCCUACAAAGGCAACACCAGAGGAUGCAAAGCCACCCAGUGGCUUGAUUGCAUGCUACUUUGGGUAGCCCUCCAUUGGGACCAGUUCAACAAGGAAGAACAGAUGGUGGUAUGGAUCUUAUACCACAUGACAGAUAAAGCUGCUGACUGGGCACUCCCUAUCAUAGGGACCAUUAUCAAGGGCAAAGGCAACCCCCCAACUACCAUCCUGGCCUUAAUGGCCAAAUUCAAGGAAGCCUUUGCUGAUCCAGACACCAAACAGGCAGCUGCCAGGAAAAUAGCGGUCCUCACACAAACCUCUACCACCUCUGAGUACGUUACAGAAUUCCACAACCUAAUGGCGGAAUUAGACUGGAACAAGGAGGCCUAUAUUGCGCAGUUCAUGCAAGGCCUCCACUGGAAGGUCAAGGAAUUGUUAUCAACCAAGGACAACAUUCCUGACAAUCUUGAGGCAAUUUUUGCGGCCUCCAUUAAAAUUGACAACACCUGUGUUGAGGUUGUAACAACCUGCCACAAAAACAAGGAGAACCACCCCAAAAAGCAGCCUGCUAAAUCCUUGGUCACUGCAACCACUUCCACCACAACCACUCAACGGGUCCAACUACUGGAGGAUCCCAACUACGUCACCCUGGAAGAAAGGGAUUGCCAUCACACAGCAGGCCUCUGUGUCAAAUGUGGUCAAAAGGGUCACAGAAUUAAACAGUGCCCCAAUGGUUGGAAGGCUACCAUCAAGGAAGUGGCUAAGGUGGCAGAAACCAAGGAGUCAGGAAAAGACUAA